UGUGGCAGUUGUCACAUAAAGCUUAAAUCAUAGAAAAAGCCAUGGCGGUGCCUUUCUCCAGAACUCACCUGCGAGUUCCACGAGGAUUUGGGAACAUUCUGGAAGGACUGUCCAGAGAAGUGCUUCGAGACCAGCCUGAAGACAUCCCAAAAUACGCUGCCCAGUACUUCAGCGGCCUCCUCAAACAACGCGAAGAGAGUGGUGUGGAUCCUGCUGAGUGGGCUGCCAAAUUGGAAGAUGGAUUCUACAACAACCAUCCAUUUGAGGCUGGUCCUUCAGCAGAACCUGAAACAGAGGACAUCAUUUCUCAAGAAACCUCACAUAAGACCCAAACUGUUGAGGAAUCCGAUCAUUCAGCAGAAGCCUUGCCUCUUUCAGUGGUGCCACAUAAAGACUCCGAAGAGGUCGAUAAAACUGUCAACAUAGAUGAAGAAGAAAAGGUGGACAUUAGAGAGAAACACAUUUCACUGGAGGAUGGCCUUUCCGAGGAGGAAUGUGUCAACAGGGUUGCACCUCGUGAUGUACACUUAGAUGAACUGAGUGGGACAGGCCAUGAGAAAAAUGCAGUAAUUACCACACUUGACCAGGUUGACUUGGCAGCUAAUGAAAACCGCAGUAUAUCUCCCCCCAGCACAAAUGUAUUCCAGUCUGAAUUGCAGCAGUCUGACUUAUCACUCAAUGGAGUAUCAAACGUAGAUGUUUGUUCUCAAGAGUUGGGAAUGGCAGCAGGCAGGCAUGAACAAGAGGCUCACCAAGAGGUUGGAGAUAAGGAAACUGGAGAGUCACAAACAACACAAAGUGCUGAAGUUGGAGAGGCAGUGGAUGUAGUUCCACGUGCUGGAUUAGCUGAUGUAAAUGUUUGUGCUGAAGAGCUUCAAAGAACAGAAGACACAAUGGGAGGAGCCUUGGUUGGUGACAAACUCAGUGAUGCACAUGUUAUCAAACAAGAAACGCCUCAUAUGGAAGAAAUAGCUGAUCUGUCAUCACCAUUUCAACCUGAAAAUCCUGAAUGUAGUCAACAGCAACCAGACGAUAUUCCUGUAACAACAGCAGAAAAGAACAAAACAGAGGCCAAAGACAGUUUUGAUGAAACACGUAAAACUGAAGCACCUACUGAUAAUGAACAAAAGCUUCAUAUGAAGGAUGGUCUAGAGGAUCAUGCUACACCAAUGGAGGACUCUUUGGUUGAAGUUUGCUUUAAAGAUGUUCCAGAGGUUGAACAGAUUACUGAAGUUGAGAAAAACCAGUCAGUGGAUAAAGGAUCAGUGGAUUUACAGACCAAGACCUCAGAGAUGCAGGAGUCCCAGCAGGUUUCUGCUGUGGGAACCGAUCAUAAUGUACGUGAUGCCAAAGAUCAUGAGGAGCCCGAAAUGGAAGAGCUGGAGAAGGAUGCCAAGUCAAAAUGGGAGGAAAUGGAAAGUCAGCAAGAGGCUUUUGACAUGAUGAAGGUAGAUUUACAGACAAAGAUCUUAGAGAAGCAAGAUGAUGAGUCCAAACUGGUUUCUACUGUGGGAGCAGAUUCUAAUACAUAUGACACACAAGACCACAGGGAUCCUGAAAUGGAAGAGCAAGAAAAGGAUGCCAAGUCUAAACUGGAGGAAAUGGAAAGUCAGCAGGAGGCUUUUGAUGUGAUGAAGGUAGAUUUACACACCGAGAUCUUAGAGAAGCAAGAUGAUGAAUCCAAGCAGGUUUCUGCUGUGGGGACAGAUCAUAAUACAUAUGAUACACAAGACCACGAUGAGCCUGAAAUAGAAACGCUGGAGAAAGAAGAGUCUAAAUUGGAAGAAAUGGAGAGUCAGCAGGAGACUUUUGAUGUGAUGAAGAAGUUGGACACAAGUGAAUCUGAUUCAAGUGAUGGUGACUACGAUACAAGAGAUGUUAAAGAUUCAUCAUCUCAGUGGAUAACUGAAACAAAAGAAAACCCCUCAGAGGAUGAAACUGAUAAGAAGGAAGAUCAUGACAAGAAAAGUGAAGCAGAACCUCAUCAAGAUGUGGAUUCUGACAAAGAGUCAAAAUGUGAGUCCGCUGAUGCUAAGACCAAAGAAAAAGAGAUGUCUGAUACGGAUGGAGAAGCCAUCCACUUGCAAGAUUACAGCAGUGUGCACGAUACUGCAGGUGGUGCAGAAAACAGUUCAUCACAAGCCGCCCACGCAAAUAUAUCAAUGACAGAACUGGAGGACGAGAGUGAAAGUUUGCAGGUAAGUGCACAGUGUCUGCCAGAAGGGGAAGAGAGAGCACUGAAAGAAACAGAGGUCACUUCAAAGGAACCCGUACUGGAGAAUGAGACUUUAAAGGAAGGACAGGCUGAUUCUGAAGUAGCAGUGCCAAAUGAUCCACACGAUACGGACGACCUCAUCAGAUCCAGUCAUCAUGGUGAUCCAACAAAUUCUGACCUUGGACAACAAAGGCCAGGCCCGUCUGAAAAGGACCCCACACAGCUUGAGGAGGAGUGCAGCCGGCCCCAGGAGGAGGAGGACAUCAUGGACAUCCCCCUGGAUGACCCUGAGGCCAACAGGGCUGCAGCCAAGAUCCAGGCUGGCUUCCGUGGCCACAUGACCCGUAAGAAGAUGAAGCCCGAGGACAAAGCGGAAGGGGAGGAGGUGAGCAGCACUGGGGAGGUGCUCAGCAGCAACAAGGGGGAUACAGAGACAGGAAGAUCGAGGACAGUAGAGAGAGGCGACACAUCUGUGCCAGAGCAGUGAUGCCUCUGUCCUGACCUGGAUGAAAAGAAAAGAUGGAAUCAAGGUAUCGAGAGAUGGCUGGGAUAAGCUGGCUGGGCUGGCUUCAGGCACACCUUUUCACCCCAGGAGUCAUUUUCUUUUUCAACACAAAUUAGCUGUAGAAAAUGGACAGUCUUGAGGGCGUGUCGUUUUGUGAACUCCAGCACUCCUCCUCUGCUUCUCCAGCAGUCUCAUCAGUACGGAUCGCUCUGACCCAGAAUUUGCAACUCACUGCAUGUACUUGUGAAACUUCUGGUUGUGUGCUAGUUUUAGAUGAUGAUCUGUGAAUGUGAAAAUGAAUGUCCUCUUAAUGCUAAACAGGGCUUAUUUUGGAUGGCUCACUUCAAACCAUCUGUGUACAAACUUUGUACGUAUCAGCAUUAUUACAGUUUGCAUAGUUAGUGGCUUCAGCUGUUUUCUGCCUUGUGCGCGUGUCUUGACAAUAACUACUGAUUUUGACUUCAUUAUUGAUUAAAAGGUCCAAGAAGAUGAAGUUAUGUAUGUUUUUAGUCAUUCUCAAUUGCUAUAUUUAGAUUAUAAUUGGCUCACUUAACUGUUUGAUCAAUUCUCUUCACUUUUUCAAGCAUUUUCUAUAAAUCUGAGCUUCCAGAACAGUAAGCAUGCAGUAAUUACACUUAUUCUCACGUAGAUUUAGGACAGCUCUUACCUUGUGACACAUAACAGUAGAUUCAGUUUGCUGUGAUGUUGUGUUUGUGGGUUUAAAUUGUUUGAUUUAUGUUCAAUCAGGUGUAUGAAAUUUCCUUGUCAGAGCUUUCACGCUUGAUUAACAGAUGAGUGGUAACUUGCUGCAUUUUGUUGUAGAAUCAUGGCGCUGCACUAAUAAAAUAACCUAAAAU